GGUGUGUCCGUGGGAGGAGGUUCUACGGGUUUCACCAGGUUUUACGAAUUCUUACGAAACAAAUCACGACUAUCGAGUUAAACGAUCGGGCGGGUCUGAAUUCGCUCGUAACUCAUUGUGUGGUUACGAACGAGCAAACGAAUGUUUUUUCUCGACACCUUUAACGAAGAACUGGUUGCGAGAGACUUCGACAGGCACUGGUCGCCAUACGAACGAAGCUUCAACCUUCAUCGACCGAUCUGACUGAUUUUUGAGAUCCAGUCACCGAAAACUUCCAUCAUUCCGUCAAUAACCGAGUGCCGACCCGCAGGGUGGCGAUCAUUUGAUAAGCUACGAGAAUUACUUUUAAAAAUCAGGGUUCUAUCUGCGAUAGACUGGUAGGCCAGUCUAUUGGUGGGUGUGUGAAUAACUGCGGCAACUGGAAGUUGGCCCUGAACGCAGAGCCCCCGUGGCUUUGCUAGCACCCCCAUAGUGAUCUUGUCUUAAACCGCCUCCUCACGACAAACGCAAUUCUCAUUGACAGCUGCCUCUUUGCUGCCUAGUGCCUACAGAGUACCCUUUAGAAACCCAAAAUAAUCAACAUGAAGGUCACGAAUCAGGACGAACGUAUCCAUGUCUUGGACAAUGCGUCAAACGUUAUGAGCGUCAUCGAAGAUAUUGCAUUCAGUGGAUUGCAAGAAGAAGCAUUUUAUGUACUUGAUAUCGGAGACAUUGUCCGUAAACAUCAAAUUUGGAAGGAGAAAUUGCCACGCGUAGACCCAUAUUAUGCUGUAAAGUGUAAUGACAACUUAGUUGUCAUCGAGGUAUUAGCUGCUCUUGGUAUUGGUUUUGAUUGCGCAUCAAAAACGGAAAUUAACAAAGUAUUAAGCGUCGGAGUAGACCCAUCUAGAAUUAUUUUCGCGAAUCCAGCUAAACCAGCCUCGCAUAUUCGCCACGCUUCUGCCGUUGGUGUAGAUACAAUGACAGUGGAUAACGAGAGCGAGUUACAUAAAAUUAAGAAGUUGCAUCCAGAUGCCAAAAUUGUUAUUAGAAUUCGUUGCGACGCAGAAGUAGCUCAGUGUCAGUUAGGCAUGAAAUUUGGUUGUGAUCCUAUUUACGAAGCCCCCAACCUUCUGCACCUUUCACGCAUGUUAGGGCUUAAUGUUGUUGGCAUCAGUUUCCAUGUUGGAUCUGGCUGUCAGGAUCCCCCAGUGUUUCAUCGCGCUAUACGUCAUGCUAAAACAUUAUUUGACUUCGCAAUGGAUCUCGGUUUCAAACCGUAUCUGUUGGAUAUCGGCGGUGGCUAUCCUGGAAAUAAAGGUUCGAGCAUUGACAAAAUUGCCGAUGUUGUUAAUAAAGCACUUGACGAGUACUUCGACACCGAUGCCGUUCACAUAAUCGCCGAACCCGGUCGUUUCUAUGUUGCAUCUGCAUUCACACUUGCAACUAGCAUUCACAGCAAACGUUCGGUGCGUGGCAACGAAAAUUUACCGAAUACAAUUACGCACAAUAUGUAUUACAUCAAUGAUGGCGUUUAUGGCUCCUUCAAUUGUUUGCUUUACGAUCAUCAGCAUGUCACUCCUAUACCUCUAAAGAAAGGUUAUGGAAAGAUGAUUCCCUCAAGUAUUUGGGGACCAACUUGUGAUGGAUUGGAUCAAGUGGUGGAAAAUGUUUUGUUACACGAAAUGGAUCUUGGCGAUUGGGUUAUUUUCGAAAAUAUGGGAGCGUACACGUUACCGGUUGCUUCUCCAUUUAACGGAUUCCCUGUACCGAAGGUUCACAUCGUUUCCGACGAAAAUAUUUGGCUGCUUUUAAAAGAUCUUUUGCCUCUGACCGAAGAACAUUUUGUUAUCGGCAAUACACCAGCUAAUUUACGACUUGGUCUGGAUAUUGGGGGAACUGAUAUCAAUGCAUGGCGUAAUCCAAACAUUGAAUUGACGUCGGCUGAAAUCUUGGUUGAUACUAAUACUCCAUCAUCAUUCAUCUACGAUUAUGUUGAGGUUGAUCCUCUAAAUUAAUUUGAAUACAUCGCAUACGCGGCAAACGUACUAAGAAAAGUCCUCGGCAUUUCUGCGAAACGUCAUAUUCUUAUUUUAUCACACAUGAUCAUGACAUAACCUCAAAUUAGAUAUUCUUUUGAGGUUAAUAAUUUUGUGAUUAUAUAUUUCUUAGUAUUUAUCUUUGUUAGCUUGAAAGAAAAACCAUACGAUCGUGUGUAUUUUUGAUCUUCCGCUUUUAUUCCAAGCUUAUAUGAACUCAAGCAUUAUUAACAUUGAGUGCCAUUGUUCAGAAAGUGAAAUGCUUAUAUACUUUUCGCUUUAAUUGAAGGUUAAGAACGUGCAAAUUAUUUUCAUUCUGAGAUGAUAUAGGUAUAUUAAACUUGCGUUGCUUCUAAGUGACCGAGAGAUAAAAUACGCAUAAAUUAUAAUAAUGCACAAGUAAAUCAUGUGUUCAGAAUGUUGUUGAAAAAUAACCUUAAAAAUAACGUAGAUGUUAUUCUGCUGCAUGAUUCACUGAAAAUGUUUGCAUAGGAACAUUCAUUAUAUCUCUCUAGGAAUGUAGUUUCUUAAAUAUUCCAUAUAAGCUUUCAUAAUAUUUAGAAGUGUUUACCUAACUCUUUCGUGAGUAUUUACAAUUUGCACGUUUAACAUAGACAUUGAAGCCAUUUUUUUUUAAAUAUAAAUCAUAUAAGUAUGAGUUAGUGGAAGAGUUAGCUACAAGAGAAAAAAAAGUGUUUGCGAGUGUUUUUAUGAACGAUUUCACGUCCGUGCUUAUGGUGAUGAUUUCAUGCGGUUUUAUAACACAUUUGUAAAACACAAAUACUACUUACAUGAUUUAUAUGAAGGAUAAAAAAAGUAGUAGUUUUGUGAAAAGGCUUAAAUGUUGAAUAGUUUAUAUAUAUAGAUAUAUGUGAAGUAUUUAAAUGAUUAUUGUAAUUUAUCUCGUGGUUAAAAAUGAAGAUAAAAAAAGUUAAAAAAGAAGGAAGGAAAAAUGUAAUCAAUAACAUUGAAGGUGACGUACGUGUCCAACUUAUGUAUAACGACAAGCACAAACGUUUCUACUUUCUCGAUUUUAUUUUUCGUUUCGAAUACACCCAAAACAAGAACUCUGUAGGACUGCUAGGAAUUUUAGGGCAUUGAGGCAGCUGUCACAGGAAGGAAAGAUAAUUAGUUUCUUAUUAAUUAUUACUGUCAUUGUAUUAUAUGUCAGCUAUUAUUAUUGUUAAUUAAUUAUUAUUAAUGAAUGAAUACAUGUAAUGAAAUAUACAAAAUUAGUACACUUA